GAAACGAAAGUCGUUAUAACACAGGUGUUUUGUUUCAUACACCUCGUGCCCGCUUACUUACCCCAUAUGUAACAUUGCCUUUUUUUGGUGUAGGUAAAAAUAAAAAUUUAAAGUAGCAAAAAUAAGUAGCCAAUAAACCCGAAACUGAAAUAUCCGGUCGCAAAUCGGUCGAUUUGAGCAGCAAUGUAAACUAAGACCACUCCUGUUGCCGUUAGUAGCGUUCAGCUACACGGCCCAUUACAACAGCGUAAAGGAAGCAGUGCGUUUUGAGCGACAUGUAAUGUUAAAGGGCCGUGAUGACUUGUGGUUGAAACCCGAGUCCUGUACAUACCGCAUGACUUGGAAUUCGGAAGCGGAUAGUUACCAAGGGAAACCGGGUUCAAAACCCCACCCUGUGGCUUUGGUAAACCACAAAAGUAUAUGGAGCGAUUCGCCUGCCUUUAAAUUCAAUACAAAACAUGGUGAUACAAGUGCAGUUGUCCGCUUAUUAUUACUUGCAUUAAAAACAUACGGCAAUAUUUUGUUAAAAUUUCUUUUUGAUGCGACUAAUGGUGUAUGACUUAUAUUGUAAUCAAGUACGGUUCGAAUCGUAUGAGCAGAAACCUGUUGUUAAUCACGUAACACGUGUCUAAAAAUAGCGGAAUAUUUGCACCAAGCAAAAGGUAGCGGAUCAAAAAGCCACCUUAGCUAGCGGUCUCUCGUCUAUUUUAGUUGCAUUACGAGUCGAAACCUUAUGAACUCGGGCACGGUAACCCAUUUUCCCACGUUCCCUUUCGCUUAUAAGGUUCUUACUCUGAAGGGAGUCCGCACGCACUCUGUGCUCGCUGGGUGGCAUCAGCAUCGGUAAAUAACGCGAAUGUAAAUCGGCGACUGCUCCAUAAAAGGCAUUAACAGUGCCAAAGGUGUCGGAGGUUUAUAUAAGGCCGACGAUAGCUUGUAACAGUCGCUUUUAUCAGCGAUCGUCGACAGGUGAGAUCCGACGCGUCUCAGCCGAGAGUUAACCGACUACUGACGCAUAUAAAUAAACGGCUCAUGUCCCAGCGGCUUGCCAGAUAAUCUUUCCCGCAUCGUGAUAUUAUCAUAGAUUGUUUUGCCAGGGAGGAUUAGGAUUUGUUCAAUCUUUUUCAAUAUAAUUCUGAAACAACGAUGCUGAAACUCAUUGCUGUUCUGUGUUUCUUAUAUCUCGCUGUGUUGGAAGUUACAGGAAAAUCCCUGAAUCGGGUCCGACAUCAAAGCACCGGUGCGCAAACACCAGUUGAGCAAAAUGUCCCGUCUGGAAUAAAAUCUGGGAGCAAUCCACUUGACGACACAGCAGCAAGAAGUGUCAGUGGUGCAAGUGAGGGCAUUUUCGUUGCGCCGGAAAAUCCAAGAAACAAGCGACAUAAGCGCAAACGACAAGCGUUUAGGAACCGCAGUAAUUUAAUGGGAAGGCAAAGAAAUGAAACAUCUAGCAACCCUCGAACCAGCAUGCUGGAACAUUUCAGUUUUCCUGAGUCGUAUGGCGACACCAUAAUCACUACUCCGACAGCAUUUGCCAGAAACGUCGAUGGAAGAGGUGUCUUCCGAUUCGAAAGCGACGAUUUUGCUAACAUGGAUCAAAACAUGCGGUUAAGAAAAGCUGAAGUAUACGUUGAAGUAGUGGUGGAAGAGCCUUCCCAUGCAGCAACAUCGAGAAGAGCCGGCCGGGCUCGGGCUUCCGUUCUCCGGAGAGAUGUCGAAAUUCUCCCGUUCCUGAUUCCGAUCCGACAAAAUGGCGAUAGCGGCUUCCUGGAGGCGAUCCGGGGUAAAGCUUGGGGCUACCGGGUACUUGGAGACAGAUCAGCGAGCAGGAAUAGAGCAAGUCGCCCGAAAUCAUCGUCGCUGGUACGCAGAUACAGGUUCAAUGUUACGCAAGUCGGGAUCACAGGUUCUGGUGAUGAAACGACUUCCAAUCUUACAGACGAAGACAUCACAAACGCUGAUCUACCCUUGCUUUCAUCUUGGAGAUUGCCCGACUUCGGGCUGUCUCUUCUCUGCCGCAGAAGGCGCGAGAUACUCCCAUGUUUAAGGCUUGGUAUCUCAAUAUACGGGGCUCCUUAUAUCGCAGUAACAACCGCAGUAUUAGAACACGAAGACGACUACGGUGCGAGGUUGAAAUGAGAAUAUUAAAUUCACAAAAUUAAAUUAUUUUCUGUUCUAAUAUUGUACCGGUUCGUUCGCUUCGAGCCUCUUCUUAAACCAGGUUUAAUAAAGACCUACUUCGACUCCCGCUCUUGUUGUAAAUAUGUUGUUUUUCUACUUCUACUAUGCCCUUAAAUUUCAAUUUAUUUUGUGAAGAUUUUCGUUUUUGCGCAAUAAAAAAUUGCGAUCUU